AUGGGUCGAACAAAGAAGACAACUCUUCCUCUUCCCACAACAAAUCAUGUUCUUGCAACAUUGGAGAUUUGGGGCUUAUACAGUCACUAUAAUAGCUCUCUUCUUCUUCCUCAAAACCGUUCUCUGUCACUUCCUCCCAAUGUUCUUCUUCACAAUACAAAGCAUCCCAAGAGCAAUGAAGGGUUUUGUUCUCGAGUCAUCUUCUUCAAAAAGAACCAAACACCAGAGCAGAACAACAAAACACACGACUGGAAAGCACCAAACACCACCACCACCACUAGUUUCUCAAAUAAAAUUGAUCCUACCCACGAAACUUGGCCCGAUAUGCAAGACCAGAACUACGUUGAACAACCACCACCACCGUGA